CCUAAGCGGAUUUGGUCGACACGUGUAUAUGUGUGUGGUUUGGGGAUUCAGGAUUCAGGAUACAGCUGCAGCUACGAUUUCGAAUACGAUUCUGAUUCCGAUUUUUGCAAGGAGAGAAAGAAAAGCUACCUGCAACACAGUAAAGUCGUGCAGAUUGGCGCGUGAAUUUAACGCUUGGCCUAGGUCACGUAUCGCACGUGUUUCUGACAGGAGGACCUCCUGCUCCCCCGCAGGACCUUCCCACUUUUUUCGCCGAGUGUGUGUGUGCCUUUGAUUAAGUGUUCGCCUUGCAUGUGUGCGGUUGACAUUCGAUUUACUUUCGCCAAGUUACCGGAAUCAAAAAAAAAAAAUAGAAGAAGAAAUCUGUAAGGGACGAACACUUCCCGCAGAAUUUUGCGCCAGAUCUAAAAACCAAAACCAAAAAAAAAACAGACUCUUCCUGUGUGCAUAUGUGCGGUCGAUAUUUGCAUAAAUUAAAAAAAAAUAGCAUAGUCUCCAGCGUCCUCCACGGUGGCCUAAUGAGUUUUUAAUACUCUGCCGGGCCCUCUGAUUGUCUGUGUGCGAUAGCAGGAAAAAAGACGUAGAACUAACAAAAAACCAUUGCCACAGGAUUUUCGGUUAAUUUAUUGAGCCAGCAACGAGUUUAGAACGUGUCCGAAGCAGACUGGCAAAAAAAUUAGCCGCCAAAGAAAACUAAUUUGCACUUUGAAGUCAACUGAAACGUGGAAAGUUUGUUUGGCUCGCUCUCUCUGGAAACUCUGUGUUUUUCGGAUUUCGACAAGACACAGACACACAACAAUUUGCGCUCCUCUAACGAGUCCCCGGCGAUUGUCUCGUCCUCCGCACCAGCACACUCCGCAUUUCCCAGCCGGUUUUUCCAGCUCUGCCGCUUUGCCAGAGGCUUUCGGAGACAUUGCAUUAGUCAGCAGAUCGAGGACUACUGGUGUACGUGACUUGUCCUUUUCCAGCACUCAAUCGAAAGAAUCCGCUCUGCCGAGCGAUAGGAAUAAGCUCGCCAUGUUGCCGCAUCAUCAGCGCCAUAAAAUGGCGGCUUCGGCGGACAGCGCCAUCUGCAUCCUGCUCCUGUCGCUCCUGCUAAUUGGAGGAUGCCUGGUGGCGCCCACCGAGGGACGCGCCAAGGAGGACCGUCGCAACAGGGGGCGUGGCAGCAGCAGCGGCUCCCUGUCCUCCUCCUCCUCCUCCUCCUCCAGCAACAAUGCCUAUAACUAUGGUGGCUCCUCCUCAACAGCGGGCGGCUCCUCCGGCGGCUAUGUCUUCACCAGCAGUAGUGCCGUGAACUCCGGCAGCACUGGCUACAGUGGACCCAUGGACAGCACUGGAUUCUGCACAAGACGACGGGACAUGAAGCUGAUGUGCUACUGUACUCCAGAUGAGAACCAUGUACCAGUGCAAAAGGCCGAAUGCUGGGUUUUCUCGGAGGGAUUGCAUCAAAAUGACACCACCUGGACGCGGUUCUACCAGCAGAAGCGUUUGAGGGAGCUCAAGUUUGUGAUUCAAAACAAUGCUCGAUUGGAUUAUAUACCCACCAUGAUCAUUGAACCUUUGAAGAACCUGAGCAGCAUUGUUAUUGAGUACUCGCAGGUGGAGAUUGUCAAGAGCUAUGCCUUCGCCAAUCUGCCCUUCCUCGAGAAGAUCAUCCUGAAUAACAACCAUAUCAUGGCUUUGGAUCAGGAUGCCUUCGCCAAUCACAUAAGGCUGAGGGACUUGAACUUGGAGCACAACCAGAUCUUCGAAAUGGAUCGCUAUGCGUUCCGUAAUCUUCCGCUUUGCGAAAGGCUUCAUUUGAAUAAUAACAACAUCAGUACUCUUCACGAGGGUCUUUUUGCCGAUAUGGCCCGGCUGACCUCCCUUAACUUGGCCAACAACCAGAUAAAUGUGCUGACCAGCGAAAUUUUCCGAGGAUUGGGUAAUCUGAAUGUGCUGAAAUUGACCCGCAACAACCUUAACUUUAUUGGGGAUACUGUCUUUGCGGAACUGUGGAGUCUGAGUGAACUGGAACUGGAUGAUAAUCGUAUUGAGCGAAUUUCCGAGCGCGCUCUGGACGGUCUGAAUACACUGAAAACCCUGAAUCUGCGCAACAAUCUGCUGAAGAAGAUCGACAAUGGUCUGCUGAGGGGAACACCCGCCCUGCUGUCCAUCAAUGUGCAGGCCAACAAAUUGGAAACGCUGACAUUCUACACAUUCCAGCCAAUUAUGGACAAUUUGGUCAACAGCACCAGUGAGCUGCUGGUGUCAGACAACAAAUUCAUUUGCGACUGUCGUCUGCAGUGGAUCUUCGAAUUGAAAAAUCGCACACGUCACCUGCAGCUGCGUGACUCUCUGGAGGACUUGCACUGCACGCUGCAAGAGCCGAAACUGUCGCACUUUGUGGACCCGGUGCCCUCCUCCAUCCUGGACGAGCUGAAUGUGGGCGGAUUCACGGCGAUUGGCAGCAAUAGCGCCAGCAUGGGCGGAGUGGGCAACAGCGUGGUGGGCAGCAGCUACAGUGGACUGAGCAGUCUGGACGACUCCAGGAAGCACUCGGCAGGGAGAUCCCGACAGGCGCUGCGGGGCCAAAGGCAGUUCGCCUCGAAUGCGGAGAACGGGGUGGAGUCGAAGAGGCGGAAGCGACAGGAGGAUCUCAAGAAGGACCUGGCUGCAGUGGCUCCGACCCACAAGCGAUACGACUACUUUGAUGACAACAACGAGGGCAUGUCCUUGGGCCAUGGCCUGGACCUGGAUGAUAACCUUAACCUGCACAAGCAAGGUUUCUAUGGAGCAGGUUUGCCAACCGUCGUCGGGGGUCACAACGAUGUAGAUGUCCUGAUGACCUCGCACUCGGCGGCGGGCGAUGACCUCGACAUCUUGACCAACAAAAAGUCGAUCAACAUCAAGCUGUUCCUGCUCAAGCCGGAGAUGCUGCCCUGCCACGAUGAACUGAGCGAUCCCACCGAGCUGCCCCUUUCCCGCGAUCUCAUGGAUGUGCGCAGCAAUGUGGGCCAGGACAUGUCCACGGCAGGAGGAGAUCGGUUGAUCCAAGGACCCAUAGCUAUCAUUAUAGCCCUCCUCACACUCACUUUCAGACGGGGUUGAAUACUCUAGGAGAGUCACCCCCCACCCGCCUGAAUGGUGACCCCAACGUUUGGUUCUACAUUGUACAUACUGUCUUGGAGAUGUGGUGCCCUUGGGAAACGAGCUUCAACACGAUAAAAACACGAAAGAUACCAGCUACAGUCCUGUAAAUAUGUAAAAAGGGGUAACGAAAUUCGAUAAAUUUACUACUAUAAACCUAGCUGAUAGCUGUAAUGAUAGACUCGACUUUUCACCAAACAACUUCGGCAGCAGAUUCACACUCAGAUUCAGAUGCAAUUUCAGAUUGAGAUAUAUAGAAACCUAAUGCAAAACCGAACCCAAAAAGAGAACCUCCGAGCAAACUGGCGUUUCAUUUAAAGAAAGAGAUACUCAACUUACCGCAGGAUGACGACUACCACUACACUCUACUACAUAGAAUUAGUUUAAACGGUUAGCCAUAGUGACACAUUUGGUUUACUUGAGCAAGGUACAUACUACAGUAAAACUUGGAAAGCGCUAAACGUCUUAGGUGGACAGACAGAGCUGGCCAGAAAAACCACUGAAAUGAGGCAUGCCUGUAAGAUAAACGCAAACGCAGAACAUGAUGACACAAUCGCUGAAAGUUGCAACGAUAGCCGUUAGUCGAUAGGCAAAUAGACGAUAGACGAUAGCAGAUAGUCGAUAAUUGAUAAAUGAUAAAUGUAAUAGGUAAACGUAAUAUUCCCGGCCACCCCGAAGUUCUCUUUAGAGUUUAAGUCUGCUUUUUAGUUGUAAGACUUUUUGCUACCCUACAACUGUCGCCUGAAUUUCCCACACACACACACAGAACCCCGCCCCUCCGGAAAAAUAGAGUUUUCCGCCCGGGAAAACACUCUUCUGCUUUUCUCCUACUUUCGCCGCACCAGCAGAAAUGUAAACGAAAAAACAAGAAAUAAAAAUGAAUACAUUGCGAAUUUAUAUAACUUAUUUGAAUAGAUUCAAAUUAUAGCAAACAAAGGCAUAAAGAGGAUAAAAAUAAUAAAAACAAAACAGAAAUAUGCAUAACGAUUUUUGUAGCUUAAGACUGAAUAUAUAAAGGUAAAUUAUGCUAAUAUAUACAAAAUAUUUAUAUGGAAAAAUACUGUAUGUUUAAUUGUAUUGUAAUGAAUGCAAGCUGGGGGAAAGGGUAAUGUCACUUUUAGAGAAACCAAAAAAGCCGAAUAUUCGUGCGUAUGCAUAUUACACUUUAUUUGGCAAUUUAUUACGUAUUUAAUUAUGCACAAAACUAUGAUUUACCAUACAAAAAAGAGAAAAAAAAAACUACAAAAAAAACUGUUUGAUUAAUGUGUUUAAUAAUUCAUAUACAAAAAGAAGUUAAAGUAAGCAAAAACCAAAUGCAAAUUUAUUGUGUAAAAACGGGGCAAAAGCUUACAUAGAGAAAUCCCCGGAAAAAUAGGGAGCAGCCGAAAGGGAAAGCCAGAAAAGUAGAACGCCGAGCAUAAGGAGAAAGCAUAGUUUUAGUGGACAAUCAGCAGAUAAGUGAAGUGAAAGCAAACAGCAGGAAAAUCGGGGGAAAAUCCCAAGGAGCUGGGAAAGCGGAAAACGCGGAAAAGCGGCAAGGCGAACUCAAAGCACUUGAGACAAGCGAAAUAAUGAAAUAGACGUGAGCAAAGCAGAAAACACAAAACUAUUUUAAGUAAAUGGAUAUAAGCUAAAUGUAUUUAGUGUUUUGAUUACCCACUAAGAACCUAAACACAACCAAGAAAACCCAAAAAAA